AUUGAACUUUGAUAACUUAGUUUAAGAAUCUGUCCUCUUUUUCCCCCACCUUCAAUAAUUCAUUUUCAAGGUUCAUUGUAUUCCCUUUUCUAUAUUAAUGGCUACAUUUUUAUUACUAUCUCAUCAUUCUGAACAUUAUCAUCUCAUUGUUUCUUGAUCUUUUUCUUUGUCUCUCAAAAAAUUGCAGUAAAAAUAAUGACAGAAGAAAUAUAUAUUUGUAUUGGAAUCUCAGUAACAUUGGUGUUGUAUGUGUUGUUACAAAUGUUGGAAUAUCAAUGGAGCAAUUCUGUUUGUUUCUUGCUUCAUGAUUUUUGUAGUUUUCCUCCUAUUUUUUGUCCUCCAAAAUGGUCUCACUUAUUCACGCCUGUUAAUUUUACUGCAUUAAGCCAACACCACAGUAGCAAAGAUGUUACGAGUUUAUGUUACCCUAAUCUUAAAGAACAAAUUGAAGAAACUCAUGCCACUUUUUUUAAUCACCAAAUAGGCCGAGGAAAGGAGGAGGAGUUAGGUGAUGAUCAAAUUCAAGGCCGGAAAAAGUUAUAUUUCAACUGAGUCAAGAUCUGAUACUUAUAGAUUAAUAUUCUUAAUUUAGGGAUUGACCUUUGUAAAAAGAGAGCUAUAAGUAUAGUCCGAAUUUUUUUAUUUUUUAUUUUUUUUUGUGCUAGUGCUACAGCUAUCGUAAAGUAAUGUGAAAUGGGACAAUAUUUGUAACGUGAAUCGAUCACUAAUUGAUCUUUCUGGUUCAUCAAUACAAACAUUAAUCAAUAACUAAUUACCACUUCUCUUGUGCUUGUUUAGUUUAAAUGUACACAAUUUUUUUUAUUGAUAAAAAUUAUUUGAAUAUGCUUCUACUAAUUAUUUAUCCUUAUUAUUAUGAAUUCAAAUGGAGGUGUAAAUUAAUGAUGUAUAAUGAACAAGAUGAAGAAAUAAUAACAAAAUAAAAGAAGUAUCAUAUGAGACAAGACAAAAAAGUAUUUUAAUUAAAUGUGUAAAUUUAGCAUUAAUGGAAAUAAAAAAAAAGAAAAAAAAAAGAAAAAAAAAAGCCAAGUGUUCUUAAUUAGUAAAAAAUAUCUCAAUCAAAACAAAUUCCCUAGGAAGGAGGGUUUCUUCCUAUUGCAUAGAGAUGUCACCAACCAUUUACAUUAAUAUUUAACACAUACACAUCUAAUUUUUAUCCUAUAUUUUGCGAUUUCUAAAAUUAAACUACUCUAACUUUUUUUUCAUUUUCUCCCUUUGCCUUCCCUCCACCGUAAAUUACCCCUUUCCGAUGACCCUCCCACCCUAACACACCAAAAUUCGUUCUAAACGUAAAUCAAAUAAAAAAAAAAUGGGAGGAUGCAUUUCAACAUUACCUCCAAAUGGAACACUACGAAAUCUCCGUAGAAAAGGUUGGGUCAAGAAUAACGCGAAGCAAUCUUUGGUCCCUCAAGAGAAGUUUAGUAGCACGGUGGGUAGAAAUUCAAGGUCAUCUAAACACCAUUCAAAAUUAAUAAACAUACUGCCGGACUCCACCAAAACGGGUGAAAAUGAAAAGCAAAAGUAUGAAUUUGGGAAGGAGUUGGGAAGGGGAGAAUUUGGUGUAACGUAUCAAUGCACAGAAUUGGCAACUGGACAGAGUUAUGCAUGCAAGACAAUAUCAAAGGGAAAGCUUAGAACCGAUAUUGAUAUUGAGGAUGUUAGGAGAGAAGUCCAAAUUAUGAAACAAUUGCCUAAACAUAUAAAUAUUGUUGCUUUUAAAGAGGCUUUUGAAGAUAAAGAUACAAUUUAUUUGGUGAUGGAGUUAUGUGAAGGCGGUGAGCUUUUUGAUAGAAUUGUUGAUAGGGGCCAUUACUCCGAGAGAGCUGCUGCUGAUGUUCUUAAGAUUAUUUUGCAAGUCGUUAAGGUAUGCCAUGAUCAUGGAGUCAUACAUCGAGAUCUUAAACCCGAAAACUUCUUAUUUGCAAACAAGAAUGAGAGUUCAGCCCUUAAAGCCAUAGAUUUUGGACUCUCUAUCUUUUUUGAACCUGGGCAACGCUUCAGCGAGAUAGUGGGAAGUCCAUAUUACAUGGCCCCAGAAGUAUUAAAAAGGAAUUAUGGACCUGAGGUUGAUAUUUGGAGUGCUGGUGUUAUCCUUUACAUAUUACUUUGUGGAGUCCCCCCUUUUUGGGCAGAAACCGAGGAAGGAAUAGCACAUGCAAUUGUAAGAGGAGAGAUGGAUUUUGAGAGAGAUCCAUGGCCAAAAGUGUCUCCACAAGCAAAAGAUCUUGUUAAGCAUAUGCUUGAUCAAAAUCCUUAUAAUCGUAUCACAGUUGAAGAAGUCCUUUCACACCCUUGGAUGAAAAAUGCCACCAACACCGCCGAUGUUUUGCUAGGCCAAAAUGUGAGAACCAGGAUCAAGCAAUUCUCCUUGAUGAACAAGUUCAAGAAGAAAGUUUUACAAGUUGUAGCAGAUACUUUGCCAGAAGAACAAAUAGAGAAACUAAGAAACACAUUUCAGAUGAUGGACACAGAUAAGAAUGGAAGCUUGUCUUUUGAAGAGCUCAAACAUGGCCUUCAAAAGCUAGGUCAUGCUUUUCCUGAUUCUGACGUUCAAAUGAUCAUAGAUGCAGCGGAUGUAGAUGGGAAUGGAACCUUAGAGUGUGGAGAAUUCCUAACUCUUUCAAUCCAUCUCCAAAAGAUGGGUGAUGAUGAACAUCUUACACGAGCUUUUAAGUACUUCGAUAAGGACAAAAACGGCUAUAUUGAGUUUGAAGAGUUAAAACAAGAACUUUAUACAGAUGACGCUACUGAUAACACCAAUUGUGAGCAAAUUAUACGGGAUAUACUGUUUGAUGCAGAUUUGAACAAGGAUGGACGAAUAGACUACAACGAGUUUAGGGCAAUGAUGCAUACUGGAAUGGAUUGGAAAAUGUGUUCCCGACAAUAUUCAAAGGUCAUGCUUAAUAAAAUGAGCAUGAAGUUGUUCAAUCACUCUGGACAAUUGAAUUAUUCUGGCCAACUUAAUUAUUCUGGACCAUUAAAUCGCCCUAGUCAAUUAAGAUAAUUCUGAUUUUGAUUUUUUUUUUUUUUUUUUUUUUUUUUUUAUAGUUUUCUUUUACAAAUGAGGUCCCCUACACUAUCCUUUUUUUGCUGCUCUUCCUUCAUAAAAGACGCAUAUUCAAGAGGUAUUACAAUUUAUUGUUGUGGGAAACUAAAUAAGAUUAUCCGUGGAUUCAUAUUACUUAACCUAAUCGAUAUCUUUAACAUCAUAAACAAAAAGAUGAUUAAACAAUCAUUCUGAAAUCUACCAAUGGGUAAAACAUUAUUGGUUGAAGCAUCAAAGUCAAAAUCUAUAACUUUACAUAUAUAUUUAUAAAUCUAAUUAUAUUAAUUCAUACAUAUUCACAUAACAAGAAGAAUGGGGAUGAUAAAUAUCUGAUGUCAUGAUAUGUCUUCGUCGUUAUUAAAAGAUUCAAAAAGAUGGAUGCUUCCGAUAAGAAAAAAGAUUAAAUUUAUUGGUGAAAACCAUUACUAACAAACAUGAUCUAUUAUGUUGAAUUACAUAACAAAAAACACAAAAAUGAAGGUUACUUGAUUCCAUUGCACCGGAGAUAAUUUUGAGAACGAGAGCGAUUUAAUCUUCUAGAUUAUUACAUAUUCUCGAAAGUUACGACCCUUAAUGUUCUCAGUUUUAAUUUUCUCUAAUAAUGGAAUGUCCGGGUGUAAUACCCCUGAAUUUCCGACCCUUUAUACAAAAUAAAACCCGCAAGGAAACGAAGGAAAUUCAGGUAUUACAUUAAAAAUAUAAAAUAUAUAAUUAAUAAUAAAAAGGAAAAGAGAAAGUUAGAUGGUUUAAUUAAAAGUAUUAGAAAACUCCAAAACAAGAUCGUGCGGAAAUUUCGACAGCAUUUAUCCUAAAGUUAGACGCACUAAACAAGAAACAAUCAAUAAAACAUAAUAAAGAAGAGGCAUCAUCGCCUUUGUAACAAAAUAUCACGCCGAAAUGAUCAUCGCCUAAUCAUUGGUCAACAUGCUAAGCAUGGAUCGUGGUGCCAAUGUAAACGCUUGAGUUCGAAGACAGAAUGACAAUGAUAAACUAAUUAAUAAUACAACCACAAAAACAACGCAAUGGAAAUAACUUAUACAAAGGAGGACAUGUACCUCAAACUCAAAACAUAAACAACUUAAUUAAAAAGAAACUACAUGUAGACAAUAAAAUAUUGUAUACUUCUAAAUUCUCACUCAUUUCCCCUCGUAUGCAUUGCAAAGAAGCUUCAUCACCUAUAAUGUCUAUCUAUGAUAGCCCCACUGCUCAACGUAAGAUCAUAGACCAACGUAUCAUAGCAGGGCCAUCAAAGACAAACCACCAACAAUGAAAAGAAAUAGUACACGUCAGUAAUUAACGAAUUUAUGGUAGUUAGAACCACAGAACAAGGGAAUAAACAAUAAUAUUGAACGACAAUAAGGGUUUUACUCCUGUACCUAACACUCCCUUUUUACUACACGAUUUGCUUUUAGAACGUCUAAUCCCUCGAAGAAUAAUCAAGAGAAGUGGAUCUUUUCUCUAUUUCAUGGCAUAGUGACAAGGCCAAGGUCGUUAUUGGCCAUCCAACGCCCAUGGCAAAGAAUGAGCUCAUACCCCCUUCGGCUAACCCUUUAAGAUCCUACCUUCGGGAAAAAGACACACUAGGGUACUAAUCCAGUGAAGAGGCCACCAUAUUAGGGUUUGCAAAGCUCACAUAGUAACACCUCAGUCAAGGGGACGGUAUCGGCCACCCGGCGCCUAAUACGAUGAUCCCGUCAGAUCUCACCUAGGGUACUACUAAAUCAAUCGGAUUUCAUCCAGUUGACUCAUGCCAGCUAAUUGUAAUCUAAUGCUUAAUCAAAUGAGAAUAACUCCCACUUUCUACUAUUAAUGAGUACCCUAGGAUAGCAGAAUGCCAAAACCCACUGAACAACUCAAACGAAAUACGAAGUCCACCUAUAAAGGAGUCAUUCUAACUCCAAGUAAGACAUAAUCCAUUUCUUAAAUAGAUAAGGGGAUGGCUACUGACACUCGUAUUCUCUAACUAUUCUAAGCUCAAGGAUUUCAUAAUCGAUAGCUCUUCAUAUAAAGGUUACUCACUAGCACCUCAUGGUUUCGACACAAUGCAUAUUAUCACAAUAAACAAUGAUAUCUUAAGGAACAAUUGCAUAUAAGGGUUAGUUACUACGUGUACGUAGCUGAAGUUGCCGGCACUUUGCAAAAGUCAAAAUAAUCACCAAUACAGGGUUUUCUAACUUCUUAUGAAGUGAACACCUACCAAAUUUAAAGUGCGUGUUAUAAGUCUACUAGUCCCAUUAAGAGCUACUUAAUACUAUGAAAAGUACCGUUUAAAUCGUCCACAUGUUUUU